UGUAUUAAGACAUCCAGACAUCCAUUUUUGUUAGGUUAUGAUCUAAAAGAAACAAAUGUUCGAACAAAGUCGUUGUCGAAAGUGAAAACACAAGUGAUAUUGUGGCAGUUAAUAAUUAACAAGAUAGCGAUUAUUUUCUGUUUGACUAAAGAUCUUGUAUACACGUUAUCACGAACAAUUUUGUUAUCUUUUCUCGUGAUUCAGAUUUAACGCAUAACAGGUUUGCGUUUGUUCGUUCAGUUUUGAUUGAAAAUGGGCGCUCUAAAAAUUAGUUUAAUUGCAGCAGCUUGUGAAAAUAUGGGUAUAGGAAUAAAUGGAAAUUUACCUUGGAGAUUAAAGAAUGAAUUACAAUAUUUUCAAACUAUGACCAAAGCAACAAAUAAUCCAAAUUUGAAAAAUGCCGUUAUUAUGGGUCGCAAAACAUGGUUGGGAAUACCUCCUAGUAAAAGACCAUUAGGAGAUCGUUUAAAUAUUGUAUUAACUCGAAAUCCUACCUCCAUAAAUUGUCCUGAUGGUGUUGUCAUAACAACAAGUUUAGAAGAGGCAUUUAAUUAUCUUAUGAAACCUGAGGUGAAGAAUGCUAUUGAAAAUGUUUGGAUUGUUGGAGGUAGCAGUGUUUACAAGGAGUCAAUGCUGUCUCCAUUUUGCCAUCGUAUUUAUCUUACAAAAAUAUAUGCUGACAUAGAAUGUGAUACUUUCUUCCCGGCUAUUACUGAAGAUUUUAUUGAAAUAGAAAAUUGUGAAGAAAUACCGAAAGGAAUUCAUGAAGAAAAUGGGUUAAAAUAUGAAUAUAAGGUUUAUGAAAAAAUAGUUACAUAAAUAUUUAGAAAAAAGUUUAUUCAAUAUUUUUAGGAAUGU